AUGGUUGUUACUGAUGGUGAAGAUUGUGAUGAUGGUAAUACAACAAGAUUUGAUGGAUGUUAUAAUUGUAAAUAUGAAUGCCAAAAAGAAUGCUCAAUUUGUGUUUAUGGAAGAUGUUCAGUCUGUUCUACAGGUUAUGUUUUGAAUUCUUCAAUGAAAUGGUGCUUUCCUAAAUGUGGAGACAAUAUUAUCACUGGUUCAGAACAAUGUGAAAAUACUACUAACUAUCCUAUUAGAUAUUGUUAUAAUUGUUAAUAAUAAUGUCAAACCUAAUGCUUAGAUUGCUAAUAAGGAUUGUGUUAUAGUUGUGAUAAUACCUUAGGAUAUUACAUUAAUUUAACACUCUAUAAAUGUGAAACUUAAUGUGGAGAUGGAAUCAAAACUGGAGUUGAACUUUGUGAUGAUGGCAAUAUUAUACCUUUUGAUGGCUGUCAUAAUUGCUAAUUUUAAUGUGAUUCUUUUUGUGAGGUUUGUGCUUUGUCCAUCUGUAGCAAAUGCUAAACAGGAUAUCAAUUAUACCCUAGUAAAAAUUAAUGUUUACCCAUUUGUGGUGAUAAACACACUGCAUACCAAGAAGAAUGUGAUGAUGGUAAUUUAAUUACUUAUGAUGGCUGUCAUUAAUGCUAGUUUUCUUGUUAGGAUUAAUGCACUAAUUGUAUACAUGGUUAAUGUUUUUAAUGCAAUACAUCAGGUUUUAUAUUAGACCAAAAUCUAUUAAAAUGUGUUCCUGUUUGUGGUGAUGGAACUGUAACUGAAUUCCUAGAACAAUGUGAUGAUUUUAAUACUUCAUUUGAAGAUGGCUGUUACCAAUGCUAAUAUGAAUGUCAAAUAGAAUGCACAGUUUGUGCAAUUGGUAUUUGUUAUUCAUGUCAAACUAAUUAUUAUUUAGACUCUAAUAAUAUAUGUGUUCCUCUCUGUGGAAAUGGAAUCAUAUCUAAAAAUGAAUAAUGUGAUGAUAAAAAUACAUUUGUCGAUGAUGGAUGUUAUUAGUGUAGUUUUAAAUGCGAUGAAAAUUGUGAUCAAUGUAUAUAUGGGAUUUGCAAAACAUGCUAAAAAGGUUACACUAUUAAUUAUAAUUAUAAAAAAUGUACUCCAAUUUGUGGGGAUGGAUACAUUACAAAAGAUGAAUAAUGCGAAGAUGUAAUUUUUUAAGAAGAAAAUAAUUAGACAAAAUGUGUAAGCUGUUAGUUAUAAUGUUAAUAAGAAUGUGAACUAUGUGUAUUAGGAUAGUGUUAGAGAUGCAAUGAAUCAAAAGGAUAUUAUUUAGAUUAAGAAACAAGCACAUGCGUAAGUAUUUGUGGAGAUGCCAUAAUUAGCUAAUAUGAAUAAUGCGAUGAUAAAAACUCACAAGUAUUUGAUGGUUGCGAAUAAUGUUUAUAUAUAUGUGAUAAAGAAUGUUUUAAUUGCUAAUAUGGUGUUUGUAUUAGUUGUAAUUAUGGUUAUUAAUUGAUGAAUUAAAAAUGCAUUUCAAUUUGUGGAGAUGGAUUUGUAACUAAAGAUGAAGAGUGUGAUAUUGGAUUGGAUUAAUUGAAUAAUAAUGAAUGCAUUAGUUGCAUAUUACAAUGUAAUGAGGGCUGUAAUAGUUGUGUCAAAGGAAAAUGUUUAGAAUGUUUAGUUGAUGAAGGAUAGUAUUUAAAUAAUAUUGAAUAAUUAUGUUAUUCAGAAUGUGGGGAUUUAAUUGUUAGUUAAGCAGAAAUGUGUGAUGAGGAUUCUAAUUUUUGUAAUUAAUGCAUAUUAGUUUGUGAUGAAAAUUGUUUGAGUUGUUCUUUAGGAAUAUGUUCAUAAUGCUAGAAAGGAUAUUAUCUUGAAAAAAAUGAAUGUGUAAAUAAGUGUGGAGAUUUAAUUAAGAGUAAAAAUGAACAAUGUGAUAAUGAUGAUCUUAUUCCAUUUGAUGGUUGUUUUUAGUGUUAGUAUUCUUGUUAAGCUUAAUGUAAAACAUGCAUUAAUGGAGGAUGCAUAGAAUGUGAUAGAACGAAUGGUUGGUAUUUAGAGAAUGAAUAAUGUUAAACAAUAUGUGGAGAUGGUAUUAAAGCUGGAAAUGAAGAAUGUGAUAUUGAUAUAGAAUUAGAUUAUGGGAAUAUUUCUUUAAAUAAAUGUUUUAAUUGUAAAAUUACAUGUGUAGAAUAUUGUAAAGUUUGUGAUGAAGGAAAGUGUAUAUAGUGCUUAGAUGGAUAUGAAUUAGAUGAAGAAGAUUAAUGUUUGCAAAUUUGUGGUGGUUAAUAAAGUUAUGUAAAAUAAUGUGAAGAUGAUAAUUUAGAUCCUUUUGAUGGUUGCUUUACUUGCAUAUUGGAUUGUGAAGAGUUGUGUUAAAAUUGUAUUGAGGGUGUUUGUUUCAAAUGUAAGAUUGGUUUUUAAUUAAAUAAAAAUGGAAAAUGUGAAUCAAUAUGUGGAGAUGGUUAUGUUAGUGAAUUAGAGUACUGUGAUGACAGUAAUAAUAUUGAAUAUGAUGGAUGUUAUAAAUGUUAGUAUUCAUGUGCAUAAAAUUGUAAAACUUGUUUAAAGGGAAUUUGCAAGGUUUGUUAAGAAGGAUUUCAUUUAGAAUACUUUAAUUGUAUUACUGAUUGUAAAGACUUGGUUCUUAAGUAAAGUAAUUAAAAAUGUAUGAGUAUAGAAUGUUAACAUCAAUGUGAAAUUUGUAUUUAUGGAUAGUGCUUUAAGUGUUAAAAAGGUUGGUAUUGGAAUGAAUAUAAAUUAAUUUGUGAAAGUAAAUGUGGAGAUGAUGCAAUAAUAGGUGAAGAAUAAUGUGAUUUUACAUCUACAUUAGAUUAAAUAAAUCCAAAAUGCAAUAAUUCUUGUAAUUUUGAAUGUCCUAAUGAAUGUUAAUAAUGUUAAUUUGGAGUUUGUUAAAAUUGUAGAGUAGGUUAUGUUUUGAAAGAUAACAUAUGUAUUAGUAAAUGUGGAGAUUAAUUAAUAAAUAAAGAUGAAGAAUGUGAAGAUAACAAUUUGUAAGCUUUUGAUGGAUGUUUUUAAUGUAAUUUAGAUUGCUAGAAUUAAUGUGAAAUUUGUAUAAAGGGAUUGUGUGAAAAAUGUUUGGUUGGUUAUGAAUUAAUAGAAAAUAAAUGUGAAGCAAUUUGUGGAGAUGGGAUAGUAGUUUAAGAUGAAUAUUGUGAUGAUAAAUAUGAUGAAUAAUUAGGAUGUUAACAAUGCAAAUUUUAAUGUGAUACAGAAUGUCUUUUUUGUAAAUAUGGGAAAUGUAUAUUUUGUAAGUAAGGUUUUGAAUUGAAAGGAUAGAUAUGUGAACCAAUUUGUGGUGAUGGAUUAAUAUCUGGAAUUGAAGAAUGUGAUGAUGAAAAUCAGAUAGCAGAGGAUGGAUGUUUUGAAUGUAAAUAUUCUUGUUAACAUCAAUGUUUAACUUGUCAGAAUGGAUUCUGUUUAGAAUGUGAUGUAGAUGACGGUUGGUAAUUAAUACCAUAAGGAUAAUGUAUAUCAUUGUGUGGAGAUCUAAAAGUAACAGGUAACGAAUAAUGUGAUGAUGGUAAUGAAAUAAAUUUUGAUGGAUGUUUUGAUUGUAAAUAUAUUUGUUAAUUGGCAUGUACAAAAUGCUUAUCAGGAACUUGUUAUGAAUGUAAUACUCCUGGUUGGAUUUUAGAUAAUUUUUUUUGUUGGGAAGUUUGUGGAGAUUCAUUAACAGUUGGAAUAGAAGAGUGUGAUGAUGGUAAUGAUAUACCUUAUGAUGGAUGUUUUGAAUGCAAAUCUUAAUGUGAAGAUGCUUGUAUUUUGUGUGAAUCUGGAAAAUGUUUAGAUUGUACUUUUGGUUGGAAAUUAAAUACUUAGAAUAGAUGCGAAACAUUUUGUGGAGAUGGUUAUGUUAUCCCUUAGUAUGAAGAUUGUGAUGAUGGUAAUUUAUUACCAUAUGAUGGAUGUUAUGAAUGUAAUUAUUAAUGUGUUGAAUUUUGUACAAAUUGCUAAAAAGGUAUAUGUUUAGAAUGUGAUGUUCUACUUGGAUGGUAAAUUUCAGAUUUUAAAUGUAUUCCUAUCUGUGGAGAUGGUAUGGUACUUGGAUAUGAAUAAUGUGAUGAUGCUAAUACUAUAGAAUAUGAUGGUUGUAAUAAUUAAUGUGAAUUUUAAUGUCACACAGCUUGCUUAUUAUGUGAAAAAGGUAUCUGUCUUGAAUGUGAUCCUUUUUUAGGAUUCUCUAAGUAUCUUAAUUAAUGCUCAUCUAAAUGUGGAGAUGGACUAUGGGAACCUUUAUCUGAAUAAUGUGAUGAUUCUAAUAAUUUUAAUUUUGAUGGAUGUUCAAAAGAUUGCAAAAUUGAAAUCGAUUGGUUUUGUGAAAAUCAACAGUUACUUGUUAGUAAUUGUUUCUAUUAAAAGUAACCAACUAUUCUUCUUGAUCUUAUUAAUCAAUAAGAUAAUAUUUCUACUAUUUAGAUUUCAUUCUCUACUAAAAUGAUGCUUACUUCUGUCCAUGAAAAUUCUAAAUUAAUUUUAGAAAAUUAAAUCAUAAAUGAUGAUGAUAUUGCUAUUGAUCUUAUUGUCUUAAAAAUAUAGGAUCUUAGUGAAAACUACUUUUCUUAUACUAUUCAUCCAAUAGAACCUAUAAAAUAGGAACCUACGCUUGCUAUUUAUCAUGCUAAAAUAGAAUUGAAAAGCAAUAUUCCCAUAGACAAAAUCAAUAUCAUAUUUAUCAUUAAUAAUAAAUUAAUAAUUUCUGAAAAAAAAACCAAAUUAAUUAAAAAUAUAGAAGAAAUUUAAAUACCUUCCCAAGUUUAUAUUAGUCAAUCUUCAGAAAAACUUAUUUAAACAUUCUCAACAUUCCAAGUACUUUAAUCAUACUCAUUUGCUGCUGUAUCAAUGAUUAGUAUAUUCUCAACUGGCUACUCAAAUUUUUAUAUGGCUUGUGAUACUUUAUAGUAUCUCUAUUAUUCCAGAUACAUUAAUUUACCUUUCCCUGAUAACCUAUAACUAUAUCUCAAUAGUCUAAAAGAAUCAUAGGUAUCAAAUAUUGCAGCAAAAAAACUAGGCUUUUCUGGGGUGAAAUUAGAUACAUUAAAUAGUACUAAUUAAGAUAAUACUGUGAUGUCUUAACCUUUUGUUAAAGAUUCCCUUUCUUCUUCAUUUUUUGAUAAUGCUUCUUUCAGUUUAACAAUAUUUUCAUUUAGUUUUGGUAUCUAUUAUUCAUCACUCAUUAUAUCAAAAAUCCUACAUCAAAUUACUCCAUCUACACUGAAUAAUUUAGGCUCAUUAUUAGGAGGAUCAAUACUUAUUGUUAGAUAAAAAUGCACUAAACUUACUAAUAAUUUUACUUACUCAGGACUUAUCAGAAUAACAACAGUUAAUUUUUAUGAACUUGCAUUCUCUUCAUUACUUCAAUUAACUAAUGUCAAUUUUAGUGAAACAACAAGCUUAAUCAAUAAUAUUGGAGCUAUUGCUACAUUGACCUUCCAAAUUGCAUUCAUUAGUGUAUUGUUCCAUAAAAUUAGACAAAUUCAAACCAAAAAAACUACUGAUUCUAAAUUUUCAAUCAAAACACUUUUUUAAUAAUAGGAUAAUUCAGGUAAUCAAAAACUUUGGGUAAUGUAAUACAAUACACUUUUGUUAGUUAAAAAAGUUUUUUAUAUUUCAGUAAUUGUGGGUAUGUAAGAAACAGGCCUCUAUCAAACUAUUGCUGUUGCUUUACAAUCAUCAGUAUUUUGUGCCUACUUAAUUGUAUCAUAACCAUUUGCUAAAGUUGAUGAUUUAAGAAAAGUUCUAGUCACUGAAGCAGGAAUGUUUUUUAAUAGCUUAUCCUUUAUUCUAUAUUCAGUUCAGUAAUAAUUUUCAUUUACCUAAGAAACCUUAUUUUAUUUAGGAUGGAUUAAUAUUGGAACUUAUACUAUUAUCAUAAGUUCUAAUACUUUAAUUGAUACCUUUAAUUAAUUCAAAAUAAUUUAUACAAAAAUUAAAAAGAAGUUGAAUUCAUUUAUAUAAUCUCAACUUCCCUCAUAAUCUAGGAUUUAGCCAAUAUUCGUUUGA